GGGAAGAGGGGGCGCCCCUCCCCGGACACCCCCACCCCACCCUCCACCGGGCGCCCCUUUUCUUUCUCCCCUUCUCGGGGCCGCUUCGCCGAAAGGUAGUGCCGGUUGGGGCCACCGGAGCCUGAGAGCGCCAAGCGAAGAAGCCGGAACAAAGUGAGGGGAAGCCGGCCAGCUAGCCGGGGAGACCCCGGGGACCCUGGGGAAGCGGGACUUUUGCCAGGCGGGGCUUCCCUGCGACCUGGUGCCCCCGCGGGCAGCAUGCCCCUGCGGGCCGGGGGACCUGGGCUGAACUGGCCCUCCCGGGGGCUCAGCCUGCGCUCUAGAGCCCCCCAGAUGCGCCCCCGCCGGGGUCCCCCGGUUGCGUGAGGACAUCUCUUCUGAGGGGCUCCGCUCGCCCCUCUUCGGACCACCCCCCACCCCAGGGCCCCAGCUGGCCAGAGGAUGGACGAGGAGGAGGAUGGAGCGGGCGCCGAGGAGUCGGGACAGCCCCGGAGCUUCAUGCGGCUCAACGACCUGUCCGGGGCCGGGAGCCGACUGGGGCCGGGGUCGACGGAAAAGGACCCGGGCAGCGCGGACUCCGAGGCGGAGGGACUGCCGUACCCGGCGCUGGCCCCGGUGGUUUUCUUCUACUUGAGCCAGGACAGCCGCCCGCGGAGCUGGUGUCUCCGCACGGUCUGUAACCCCUGGUUCGAGCGCAUCAGCAUGCUGGUCAUUCUUCUCAACUGUGUGACCCUGGGUAUGUUCAGGCCGUGUGAGGACAUUGCCUGUGACUCCCAGCGCUGCCGGAUCCUGCAGGCCUUUGAUGACUUCAUCUUUGCCUUCUUUGCGGUGGAAAUGGUGGUGAAGAUGGUGGCCUUGGGUAUCUUUGGGAAGAAAUGUUACCUGGGAGACACUUGGAACCGGCUUGACUUUUUCAUCGUCAUCGCAGGGAUGCUGGAGUAUUCGCUGGACCUGCAGAACGUCAGCUUCUCAGCAGUCAGGACAGUCCGUGUGCUGCGGCCGCUCAGGGCCAUUAACCGGGUGCCCAGCAUGCGCAUCCUCGUCACGCUGCUGCUGGACACCUUGCCCAUGCUGGGCAACGUCCUGCUGCUCUGCUUUUUUGUCUUCUUCAUCUUUGGCAUUGUUGGCGUCCAGCUGUGGGCAGGGCUGCUUCGAAACCGAUGCUUCCUCCCUGAGAAUUUCAGCCUGCCACUGAGUGUGGACCUGGAGCCGUACUACCAGACGGAGAAUGAGGACGAGAGCCCCUUUAUCUGCUCCCAGCCACGAGAGAACGGCAUGAGGUCCUGCCGGAGCGUGCCCACACUGCGUGGGGAGGGCGGUGGUGGCCCACCCUGUGGUCUGGACUAUGAGGCCUACAACAGUUCCAGCAACACCACCUGUGUCAACUGGAACCAGUACUAUACCAACUGCUCCGCAGGAGAACACAACCCCUUCAAGGGCGCCAUCAACUUUGACAACAUCGGCUAUGCCUGGAUCGCCAUCUUCCAGGUCAUCACACUGGAGGGCUGGGUCGACAUCAUGUACUUUGUGAUGGAUGCUCAUUCCUUCUACAACUUCAUCUACUUUAUCCUCCUCAUCAUCGUGGGCUCCUUCUUCAUGAUCAACCUGUGCCUGGUGGUGAUUGCCACGCAGUUCUCGGAGACCAAGCAGCGGGAAAGUCAGCUGAUGCGGGAACAACGUGUGAGGUUCCUGUCCAAUGCCAGCACCCUGGCGAGCUUUUCCGAGCCAGGCAGCUGCUACGAGGAGCUACUCAAGUAUCUGGUUUACAUCCUUCGCAAGGCAGCCCGUAGGCUGGCCCAGGUCUCCCGAGCCUUGGGUGUGCGGGCCGGGCUGCUGAGCAGCCCAGUGGCCCUGGGAGGCCAGGAAGCCCAGCCCAGCAGCAGCUCUUCUCGCUCACACCGCCGUCUGUCUGUCCACCACUUGGUGCAUCACCACCAUCACCAUCACCACCACUACCACUUGGGCAAUGGGACACUCAGGGCUCCUCGAGCCAGUCCGGAGAUCCAGGACAGGGAUGCCAAUGGGUCCCGCCGGCUCAUGCUGCCACCACCCUCCACACCCACCCUCUCUGGGGGUCCUCCAAGGGGUACAGAGUCUGUGCACAGCUUCUACCAUGCCGACUGCCACUUGGAGCCAGUUCGCUGCCAGGCGCCCCCUCCCAGGUCCCCAUCUGAGGCAUCCUGUAGGACUGUGGGUAGUGGGAAGGUGUACCCCACUGUGCACACCAGUCCUCCACCAGAGACCCUAAAGGAGAAGGCGCUAGUAGAGGUGGCCCCCAGCUCUGGGCCCCCAACUCUCACCAGCCUCAACAUCCCACCCGGGCCCUACAGCUCCAUGCACAAGCUCCUGGAGACACAGAGCACGGGUACCUGUCAUGGCUCCUGCAAGAUCUCCAGCCCUUGCUCCAAGGCAGACAGUGGGGCCUGUGCUCCAGACAACUGCCCCUACUGUGCCCAGCCAGGAGCCAGGGAACUGGAGCCUGCCGAUCGCGAGGUGCGUGACUCCGACAAUGAAGCUGUUUAUGAGUUCACGCAGGACGCCCAGCACAGUGACCUCCGGGACCCCCGCAGCCGGAGGCGGAGGCACCGGCGUCUGGGCCUGGACACGGAGCCUGGUUCUGUGCUGGCCUUCUGGAGGCUGAUCUGCGACACUUUCCGGAAGAUUGUAGAUAGCAAAUACUUUGGCCGGGGAAUCAUGAUCGCUAUCCUGGUGAACACUCUGAGCAUGGGCAUCGAGUACCACGAGCAGCCCGAGGAGCUCACCAACGCCCUGGAAAUCAGCAACAUCGUCUUCACCAGCCUCUUUGCCCUGGAGAUGCUGCUGAAGCUGCUCGUGUACGGUCCCUUUGGCUACAUCAAGAAUCCCUACAACAUCUUUGACGGCGUCAUCGUCGUCAUCAGCGUGUGGGAGAUCGUGGGCCAGCAGGGGGGCGGCCUGUCGGUGCUGCGGACCUUCCGCCUGAUGCGGGUGCUCAAGCUGGUGCGCUUCCUGCCUGCACUGCAGCGGCAGCUCGUGGUGCUCAUGAAGACCAUGGACAACGUGGCCACCUUCUGCAUGCUGCUCAUGCUCUUCAUCUUCAUCUUCAGCAUCCUGGGCAUGCAUCUUUUCGGCUGCAAGUUUGCAUCGGAACGAGAUGGGGACACGCUGCCAGACCGGAAGAACUUUGAUUCCCUGCUCUGGGCCAUUGUCACUGUCUUUCAGAUCCUGACUCAGGAGGACUGGAAUAAAGUCCUCUACAAUGGUAUGGCCUCUACGUCAUCCUGGGCUGCACUUUACUUCAUCGCCCUCAUGACCUUUGGCAACUACGUGCUCUUUAACCUGCUUGUCGCCAUUCUGGUGGAGGGCUUCCAGGCAGAGGAAAUCAGCAAACGGGAAGAUGCGAGUGGACAGUUAAGCUGUAUUCAGCUGCCUGUCGACUCCCAGGGGGGAGAUGCCAACAAGUCCGAAUCAGAGCCUGAUUUCUUUUCACCCAGUGUGGAUGGCGAUGGGGACAGGAAGAAGCGCUUGGCCUUGGUCUCUCUGGGGGAGCACCCGGAACUGCGGAAGAGCCUGCUGCCGCCUCUUAUCAUCCACACGGCUGCCACACCCAUGUCUUUGCCCAAGAGCUCCAGUACAGGCCUGGGAGAAGCACUGGGCCCCGGAUCUCGCCGCACCAGCAGCAGCGGGUCUGCGGAGCCAGGGGCUACCCAUGAGAUGAAAUCACCGCCCAGUGCCCGCAGCUCCCCUCACAGCCCCUGGAGCGCAGCAAGCAGCUGGGCCAGCAGGCGUUCCAGCCGAAACAGCCUAGGCCGGGCCCCCAGCCUGAAGCGCAGGAGCCCUAGUGGUGAGCGAAGGUCCCUGCUGUCAGGCGAAGGCAGGGAGAGCCAGGAUGAGGAAGACAGUUCGGAAGAGGAGAGAGCCAGCCCAGCAGGCAGUGAUCCUCGCCACAGGGGCUCCUUAGAGCGCGAGGCCAAGAGCUCCUUCGACCUGCCUGACACACUGCAGGUGCCAGGGCUGCACCGCACAGCCAGUGGCCGCAGCUUUGCCUCUGAGCAUCAGGACUGUAAUGGCAAGUCAGCUUCAGGGCGUCUGGCCCGGGCCCUGCGGCCUGAUGACCCCCCACUGGAUGGGGAUGACGGCGAUGAUGAGGGCAACCUGAGCAAAGGGGAGCGGAUCCGAGCCUGGGUCCGAGCCCGGCUCCCAGCUUGCUGCCGUGAGCGAGACUCUUGGUCUGCAUUCAUCUUCCCUCCUCAGUCAAGGUUCCGUCUCCUCUGUCACCGGAUCAUCACCCACAAGAUGUUCGACCAUGUGGUCCUCGUCAUCAUCUUCCUCAACUGCAUCACUAUUGCCAUGGAACGCCCCAAAAUUGACCCUCACAGCGCUGAACGCAUCUUCCUGACCCUCUCCAACUACAUCUUCACGGCCGUCUUUCUGGCUGAAAUGACAGUGAAGGUGGUGGCGCUGGGCUGGUGCUGCGGGGAGCACGCCUACCUGCGCAGCAGCUGGAAUGUUCUUGACGGGCUGCUGGUGCUCAUCUCGGUCAUCGACAUCCUGGUGUCCAUGGUGUCUGAUAGUGGCACCAAGAUCCUGGGGAUGCUGCGGGUGCUGCGGCUGCUGAGGACCCUGCGCCCGCUCAGGGUUAUCAGCCGGGCUCAGGGGCUGAAGCUGGUGGUGGAGACAUUGAUGUCCUCGCUGAAGCCCAUUGGCAACAUCGUGGUCAUCUGCUGCGCCUUCUUCAUCAUUUUUGGUAUCCUGGGGGUGCAGCUCUUCAAAGGGAAGUUCUUCGUGUGUCAGGGCGAGGACACCAGGAACAUCACCAACAAGUCCGACUGUGCCGAGGCCAGUUACCGGUGGGUCAGGCACAAGUACAACUUUGACAACCUCGGCCAGGCCCUCAUGUCCCUGUUUGUGCUGGCCUCCAAGGAUGGCUGGGUGGACAUCAUGUACGACGGCCUGGAUGCUGUGGGUGUGGAUCAGCAGCCCAUCAUGAACCACAACCCCUGGAUGCUGCUGUACUUCAUCUCGUUCCUGCUCAUUGUGGCCUUCUUCGUCCUGAACAUGUUCGUGGGAGUGGUGGUGGAGAACUUCCACAAGUGUCGGCAGCACCAGGAGGUGGAGGAAGCCCGGCGGCGGGAGGAGAAGCGCCUCCGGAGACUGGAGAAAAAGAGAAGGAAUCUAAUGCUGGACGAUGUAAUUGCUUCCGGCAGCUCAGCCAGCGCUGCGUCAGAAGCCCAGUGCAAGCCUUACUAUUCUGACUACUCCCGCUUCCGGCUCCUUGUCCACCACCUGUGCACCAGCCACUACUUGGACCUCUUCAUCACAGGCGUCAUCGGGCUGAACGUGGUCACUAUGGCCAUGGAACAUUACCAGCAGCCCCAGGUCCUGGAUGAGGCUCUGAAGAUCUGCAAUUAUAUCUUCACCGUCAUCUUUGUCUUGGAGUCAGUGUUCAAACUUGUGGCCUUUGGUUUCCGUCGGUUCUUCCAGGACAGGUGGAACCAGCUGGACUUAGCCAUUGUGCUACUGUCCAUCAUGGGCAUCACCCUGGAGGAGAUUGAGGUCAAUGCCUCGCUGCCCAUCAACCCCACCAUCAUCCGCAUCAUGAGGGUACUGCGCAUUGCCCGAGUGCUGAAGCUGCUCAAGAUGGCUGUGGGCAUGCGCGCGCUGCUGGACACAGUGAUGCAGGCCCUGCCCCAGGUGGGGAACCUGGGACUUCUCUUCAUGUUGUUAUUUUUCAUCUUUGCAGCUCUGGGCGUGGAGCUCUUUGGAGACCUGGAGUGUGACGAGACACACCCUUGCGAGGGCCUGGGCCGGCAUGCUACCUUUAGGAACUUUGGCAUGGCCUUCCUGACCCUCUUCCGAGUCUCCACGGGUGACAACUGGAAUGGUAUUAUGAAGGACACCCUCCGGGACUGUGACCAGGAGUCCACCUGCUACAACACGGUCAUCUCGCCCAUCUACUUCGUCUCCUUCGUGCUCACGGCCCAGUUCGUGCUGGUCAACGUGGUGAUCGCUGUGCUGAUGAAGCACCUGGAGGAGAGCAACAAGGAGGCGAAGGAGGAAGCAGAGCUGGAGGCCGAGCUGGAGCUGGAGAUGAAGACGCUCAGCCCGCAGCCCCGCUCCCCGCUGGGCAGCCCCUUCCUCUGGCCCGGGGUGGAGGGAGUUGACAGCCCCGACAGCCCCAAGCCUGGGGCUCCGCACGCCGAUGCAGCCUCUGGCUUCUCCCUUGAGCACCCCACGGACAGACAGCUGUUUGACACCAUCUCCCUGCUGAUCCAGGGCUCCCUGGAAGGGGAGCUGAAGCUGAUGGACGAGCUGGCAGGCCCAGGGGGCCAGCCCUCUGCCUUCCCUUCUGCCCCCAGUCCGGGCGGCUCCAACCCACAGAUCCCUCUAGCUGAGAUGGAGGCUCUGUCUCUGACGUCAGAGAUUGUGUCUGAACCGUCCUGCUCUCUAGCUCUGACGGAUGACUCUUUGCCUGAUGACAUUCACACACUCUUACUUAGUGCCCCGGAGAGCAAUAUGGAGCCCCACUUUGAGGGGAUGCCAGUCCCCCUGGGACCAGACCUGCUGACCGUGAGGAAGUCUGGCGUCAGCCGGACACACUCUCUGCCCAACGACAGCUACAUGUGCCGUGAUGGAAGCACUGCCGAGGGGUCCCUGGGACACAGAGACUGGGGGCUCCCCAAAACCCAGUCAGGCUCCGUCUUGUCCGUUCACUCUCAGCCAGCAGACACCAGCUGUAUCCUACAGCUUCCCAAAGAUGCACCUCAUCUGCUCCAGCCUCAUGUGGCCCCCUCCUGGGGCGCCAUCCCUAAACUGCCCCCACCAGGCCGCUCUCCUCUGGCUCAGAGGCCACUCAGGCGCCAGGCAGCAAUAAGGACUGACUCCUUGGAUGUGCAGGGCCUGGGCAGCCGGGAAGACCUGCUGACAGAGGUGAGUGGGCCCUCCCCACCUCUGGCCCGAUCUUCCUCCUUCUGGGGCCGGUCAAGCAUCCAGGUGCAGCCACGUUCCCGCAGCCAGAGCAAGGUCUGGAAGCACAUGCUCCCGCCAGCCCCUUGCCCAGGUUUGGAACCUGGUUGGGACAAGGACCCUCCAGAGACCAGAGGCAGCUUAGAGCUGGACACGGAGCUGAGCUGGAUUUCAGGAGACCCCCUGCCCACCGGCAGUCAGGAGGAGCCCCCGUCUCCACGGGACCUGAAGAAGUGCUACAGCGUAGAGGCCCAGAGCUGCCGGCGCCGGCCUGUGUCCUGGCUGGACGAACAGAGGCGACACUCCAUUGCAGUCAGUUCCCUGGACAGUGGCUCACCAGACCCCUCGAGCCUAGGGGGCCAGCCUCUUGGGGGCCCUGGAAGUCGGCCCAAGAAAAAACUCAGCCCACCCAGUAUCUCCAUAGAUCCCCCAGAGAGCCAGGGCCCUCGGCCCCCACCUAGCCCUGGCGUUUGCCUCCGGAGGAGGGCACCGUCCAGCGACUCCAAGGAUCCCUCGGCCUCGGCCCCCCCUGACAGCACCGCUGCCUCGCCCUCCCCCAAGAAAGAUGCGCUGAGUCUGUCUGGUUUGUCCUCUGACCCAACAAGCCUGGACCCCUGAGUCCCACCCACUCUCCCUCUUACAUUUCUCCACUGGGUGCAGAUACUAUUUCUGCCUCUGGGGCCUAUUCCUGAAAAGCCCCGGGUACACACUGGGGAGGCCUGCGGGCCUUCUGCGGUGGCUCAGGGGCCCCGCGCGAAGGACUUCCAGGGAGUCCGGAGGUGGAGCAGCCCUGGAACCUUCAGCUCCGGGCAGGAAGAGAGGGACAGGCCCAGAGUGGCCGAGGCUCCAGACACCAGGAGCUGUUGGGAGAAAGCAAUACGUUUGUGCAGAAUCUCUAUGUAUAUUCUAUUUUAUUAAAUUAAUUGAAUCUAGUAUAUGCCGGAUGUAUGACAUUUUGUGACUGAAGAGACUUGUUUCCUUCUACUUUUAUGUGUUUCAGAUUAUUUUUGAGGCGAAGGCGUCUGUCUCUUGGCUAUUUUAACCUAGAAUAACUAAUCUAGUUAUAUUCCCUGUUCUUGUAAAGCACAAGCUGUGAGUGCAUUACAGCCCGACGGUGGCCCGCCUUCCCACCUUCAGCGGAGAGCAAGAACCAUUCUGGAAACUGUCAUGUACCAUGAUUUUCUCCUUUAACCUCGUCAUCAUUUUCUGUAGGGGGAAAAAAAAAGAGAAAAAGAAAAAAAA